CCUUUCCACCAUCAUGGCCUCGCCGAAAGGCCAGUGUGCAAAAUGUGGAAAAGAGUUCAGCAUGAACCAGCUGAUGCGCUGUUCGCACUGCAAACGUGUUCUCUAUUGUAGCAACGCCUGCCAGUUUUCCCACUGGCGGUCUCACAAAAAGACAUGUGCUUCUCCUGCGGAUGCUUCGGCGCCUGUAGCAGGGCCUUCGUCGCAGACGGGAAAAGAGGCAGACGCUGUUGUUGGAAUUACUAUUGCCUGCGAGGCUGACCGCAGGCGAGGAUCUGCAAUUUUCACGCCAACGAUCAUCCAUCCGUCUCAUCCCGUUUGGUCCCAGGGUCAAUCUUCGCCGUUGUUUCGGCAGAUCGGGUUGCCCAUCAUCGUGUAUAGGGACCACCCUGGCAACCCACUGACCAUGAUUGGAAACGCUGGCCUUGAUAAUCAAAUCGCAACGUAUCUUAUGGUUGAACCGAGCACAGGCUUUGCGGGAUAUGGGUGGGUGAGAGGAGGCGUAGUCGGCACCGUGAUCGUCGUACGACAAGACAAAAAACCUCUCACGUGCGAAGCCAUCGAAACCUUAUGGAUGUACGCUGACUUCAUCCUGGAUCUGUAUGGAGAGGGCUAUGGUACACCCGCCCGCCAAUUGACUCCACAGAGUUUCCGCCGCUUCUGUAAAGAGUAUAAAGAAGGAAGACUCCUCAAUGGAUAUGAAGCAUUUGAGGACAUGCCUCUUCCACUGUGAAGCUCUGGGUACUUCAGUUUCUCGUCCCCUUGCCAAAAAAGACUGCGCAUACUCCCAACAUACACAUACGGACUCGAGUCUCAUCUAUUGUACAUAUAGCAUGUAUUAGCAAUUCCGGACCUCCCUACGUAAGUCUCUCGCUUAGGCUCUGCGGCC